AUGGACAAUAACUCUGUUCCUAACUCAGCCCGAGGUGCUGGGCUCCUGCACAAUGGCCCGGCCAUGUUGGUGCGGCCAGCGGUGCUCUUCAUGCUUCUUCCAGCCGCGACUUAUGUCUUCUGGAGCUUUGUCUCGUAUCUAAUCUCACCAUUGAAAAAGUAUCCCGGGCCAUUCUUAGCAUCCUAUACCAACUUCUACCGAAUGUAUUAUGCCUAUCGAGGAAAUAUGCACCUCUUGACCAAGAAACUCCACGACAAGUACGGCCCGGUUGUUCGCAUGGGCCCCAACUACAUCGACGUCGACUACCCCUCAUUGAUUAAGACGUGCUUUGACUUUCAGGGAGUUUGGAGAAAGACUGAUUGGCACGGUGUCAGUGGAGCAAUGGUUGAAGGCAAGCUCUACUACAACAUCUUUUCAGAAUGUAACCCCGAAGAGCAUGCUCGGAUCAAGAAGCCAAUUGCAAAAUACUGGUCUGCUCCUGGUGUUGCGCCAAUGGAGCCACACGUUGAUUCUGUCAUCUCUACACUGUGCCGAGCGCUUGAUCAACGGUUCGCUGGCGACGAGGCGUUUGGAAAAACGUUCGACUUUGCUGAAUGGAUGCUAUUCUUUGGGAUGGAUGCGGUCGCCAAGACUACAUGGAGUGAAGCGGUCGGAUAUCUCGAGAAGGGACAUGAUUUCGAUGGCACCCUCAACGUCUCCGAUAGAGCCUACGACUAUCUCGUCACGGUCGGCAUGAACCCUGUUUUCGACAAGUUUCUCGACAAGAACCCGAUUAUGCGAUUUGGCCCGCCAUCGUUUGGAACCGUCACUGGAAUUUGCCUUGGACAUCUGAUGGCGCGCAUGAAGGGCGAAGACGGCCACGAUCAAUCCAAGCCCGACUUCUUGGACCGCUACCUUGAGGCCCAGCAGCAGAACCCCGAAGUUGUCGACAUCUACCGUAUCCUCUCCUACAUGCUCGUCAAUGUUGCCGCCGGUGCCGACACCACUGCGGCGAGCUUGCGCUCCAUCUUUUACCUCUCGCUGAAACACCCCGCCGUCUUCCGUCGUCUGAGAGACGAGAUUGUCAAUGCCAAGUUUUCGCAGGUGCCAGUUCCUUAUGCCGAGUCCCGACAGCUUCCGUACCUGGAGGCUGUCUCCCGAGAGUGUUUCCGAUACAUGCCCGGUAACUGCUUCGCCCAGGAGCGUUACGUUCCACCUGGCGGUUUGGCGCUUCCUGAUGGCUCCGUCGUGCCGGCCGGUACCGCUCUUGGAUUCAAUGCCUACGUGAUUCACAGAAACAAGGAGGUCUGGGGUGCUGACGCUGAAGAGUUCCGGCCCGAGCGCUGGUUGCAAGCCGAUAAUGAGGCGGACGAGGAAUACAAGAACCGCAUCCAGCAAUUGAACAAUGUGGACUUGUCUUUCGGCGCUGGCUCGCGAAAGUGCAUCGGCAUGAAUCUUGGAAAGAUGGAGGUUAGCAAGACGGUGGCAACGCUGAUUACUCUUUUCGACUUUGAAUUGGAAGACCCCAAGAAGGAAUGGAAGGUCCACAACAGCUUGAUUCCCAGGGCGUCUGAGAUUAUGAUUAAGAUGAAGAAGAGACCAGGUGCUGGAGAGCAAAUCAGCGAAAUGAGCAGCCACUACUAA